UAGCAUUCCUACUUUAAAAUCAGAGAGAGAAGGAAAUACGUCGUAAUAAAAAUGUUUUUAGAACAGAAACAUCAUUGAGCAAGAAGGAUGUAAUAGGAACAUAAUGAAGAAGUGUUCGAACCGAUGGUGUGGGUUUGCGGCGGAGUCGACGUUUUGUCCAGAGUGUGGAUUUGAAAUGAUCGACACUCCCACUAACCCCGUUCCGCGAUAUAUCGUCAUUAUUUGUGAUGGUUUUGAUAUAAAGGGCUCUCCCUGUGGGGCCGAGCUCAAGAUACACCAGAAGUUCUGCAGAUAUUGUGGUAAAGAGGUUGAUACAACGAUGUUUGGAGUUCAAAGACCUAACUUUGAGAAGUGUAUGGGAUGCGGGAAUGAGCUUACUACAGGAGCAAAACACUGCCAUGAGUGUGGUUUAUAUACCCAACCAAAAGCCAGGCAAGGUAAUGCAAUGAAUACAUCUGAUUCUCCAGGGAGCAAUUAUUUACGUGUUGUUGUCAAUCAAGAUGUCGGAAAUAAUGAACAGAAACUGGAUACACAAAUACAGGAUGAUCCCGGUAGUAAAACUGAUGAAACAAAUGCAAUUUCAAAUAUAAAAGAUAAUAACUGUGUGUCAGCUAAAGAUAUCGAAGGAGAACUUUCAAAACAACAGUCAAUUAUAUACCAAGAAAAUGAUUCAACUAAAGUUGGCCGUGAAAAAUCUGGAAAUGUGACUGUUGAAAGUGGGUCGGAAAAGUCUAAAAUAGACUUAACCCAUGAUGAAUCAAUAAAUGAAGCCUCCAAUGGUGAAAAAUUUGAAAAACAUUUAUCAGAUAAAGAUGAUAAUUCCUCUGAUGAUAGCUCAUCUGAUUUUGACAGUGGAGAACUAGUUGUUAAUGAUGAAGAUACAGAAGAUACGAAACAACGUAGAAAAAUACGUAAAACCAGAAAAAAAGUGGGGACUAAAGAAAAACAGGCGAAAAAGAGGAAAAGAAAAACAGAAAAAGAAAAACAACACAGUAUGCAUUCCGAUAACAAGGAAGAUGAUAUGGUUGAUGGAAAAAAGAAAAUGGUAGAAAAACAGAACGUCUGGCAAGCCGAUAUGAAUGCUAUAGAAACUGCUAAACAAGAUAAGGACACUCCAGAUGAAGAAGCGUUUGUUUUGGGGCAGCGUAAAAUGUCUGACAGUGAAAAAGAAUUAAAAUCAUCAGAGUGGACUACGCCUUUAUUCUUUCCCGACAAUACAUACAACAUAAAUUCUGCAAAACAAGGCAGUUCUGUCAGUGAGGAGGGUAAAAAGCCUGAACAAUCUUAUAACACAAUAAUCAAUCGUGCAGCCUCUAAACCACUUUCUUUACUGGGGAAUACAAGGACAGCUGCUUCGUAUGAAAAUAGCAAAACAAAUGAUAAGAGAAAUCCAGGUACCAAGGAUCAGAAAACUAAGCAACAGAUAAAUAUCGUUUUCCAUGUGUUAGUGGCAAAAGACUGUUUUACUAGUGGCAAGGACUUGCUGAUUUUGAAAAUGCCAGACGAAUUUGGAAAUUGGCAAUCCAACAAGCACCAACUCCGAUCCAAGAACAGGGUGUUCAGCGAAUACAUCGAGUAUGAAUAUACCAUGCUCUUUGACCGUAACCUGCUUUGUACAAGAAGCACAGAAUAUAAAUAUUGUGUGCUUAGAGAAGAUGGAAAGUACAAGUAUGAAAAUUAUGUAGAUGGCCAGAACCUAGGACUUCAUAGUAGAAAACUGUUUGUGGAUAAACACUUGUUUAUCAAAAAAGAUGAAUGGCAUCAGUAUGAUGGAAUGGUACUUCCAAAACCAAAUACUAUUUUUCAACGAGGACUAGAUCAUUUCAGUGUUACUUGGAGGAAGGAAGCUGAAAUAAGGGCUUAUGAAUUUGCAGCUGCAUUCAUCUCGGACUGGUUUCAACCUUCAUUUCAUUUAGAAAACUUGAAAGAUAAUUUUCAGACAUCAUUGGAACACUUGGACAUGCUUAUUAUAGGUCUGAGAAAGGUCUACCAACGUGAUGCUAAGUGCUGGGAUGGCAUUGAACAAUAUAAAUACCAGAUGUGUCGAUACUUGUUUCAUCCUCUGAUUGAACAGUUGACCAGUGAAAAGUAUGGAUCAAAGGCGUUAAGGUUGCUUAGAGCUCUAGCAAUAAUCAUUGCCUGCAACAGACUUCAAGUUGGCUUGGACCAGAGGGCAUGGCAGAUACUUUGUACAAAUACGAUUGUAACACCAGAUUCAACAAAUAAGAACUAUGCAGAAGUGGAUGUAAUAAUGAACUUUCUUGACAUGAGUGCCUUGAAGCCAGCUCUCAUCAAUAUCAUUAGGAAUGUUGUGAUGUUUGGCAAAGAUCCCUCCUGGAUGUUUUGUUUGCCAUUGCUGCAUUUUGCUUCCAAACUGUGUGAGCCAUUUGAAGAAAUGUCGAAAGAUUUGAAUCAUGGAGAACGCAGUCAAAUAUGGUGGGGUGUUGCAGAUAUUGAAGCUGAAGUGACAGCAUUUCAGAAGAACUGUAGCAAUUGGAUACUGCCGUUGAAAGAUAUUUUUCAUACUCUCAGACCACUUUUUGAAGUGGACUACUACCUUCCUAGGAGUAUAGUUGCAUCUUUAACUGUUGAAGAAGUUGCCUUUGUGAUUGAUCAUCAAGUUUUCCCUGUGGAGGUUUGUUGUGCAGCAUUACUUCAUUGGAUGAAAGCUACAUAUCCAGACUAUUACCGGCAUUAUGCAUACACUGACUUGGAGGAUGAAAGACCAGGCGGGGAACAGCUGGUGACACAAUGCUUGGCAAAACUUCUGAAACGUCUUAAUACAAUCAGCGAUACUGCACAAAGUCGCAGGCAACAAACAAGUUUGGAAAUGGCAUGUUGCAUAGCAAAACAACUGGUUGAGUGUGCACUUUCAAAAAACAGAACCCUGAAGCUGAUGCAUUCAGUGCACAUUUUCCUACAGUGUGUAUCAUCUUACAGCAAACUUGGAAGCAAAGGCAGUAAGAAUGAAAGUGAUGUAAAGAAUGCCAUUGAUACUGUUGGAAGCAAGGUUCUCGAUUGGCUUCAAAUCUAUGCAAAUUCAUUAUGGGGUGUGCAUAUGCUGAAGAACAUUAAGGUUUGGGAGAGUGCUAUGAUAGAUAGUAAUGAUGACUUUGCAGUCAACUGGAAUGAACGAAUCACAUGGAAUUUGCAACAGAGAAUUGAAGGAGAGCUGGGAACACACAGUAACCUGAAGAAAGAUUUCAUUCGUUUCUACUGCGCUGAUGUUGAAAAGUUCAAUGGAACAAUGAAGAGUUGUGUUACCAACAUUGCUUCCAAGGCCAUAGAAGGAGGAUAUAUGAUUGAAUACAUGCACAUGGGCUCAUCAGAGAAGAAAAAGUUUGGAGAUCUCCUCUCCGACUGGUUCCGAAAAGAAUGGCGAACAGUGAUUACAAGUGGACCGCUAGAGGCGAAGGACAUGCGUAUUUUCAAGAUGGCUAUUUCUUUGCUCCCUAUUCAACUUUUUGUUCAAAACCAAAAUGAAGAAGACACCAGUGUGUCCCUACUGACUGAUGACUGCAAGGAUCAUGUCCUUGUUGCCACAACGUUGCUGGAAAGUUACUGGUAUGCAUUGGACACCGGAAAUAUCGAUAUCGGCAUUUUACAAAUGAUCAGUGAACAUUCAGACGGGUUCUCAGAAACACUUUCCCUCAUCCGACGGAAGGAAAAGGGAUUGAAGGCCAAAGUCUUAUCAACAAUCAGAAUUCGAAUGCUUGAACUAGAAGCGUUCAAAAUCCAGAGUAGACAGAUGACAGUGUUUGUGAAUCAUUGUCAGCAUUUGAACUCAGUUGAUACCAGAAUUAUUGAUGAAGUUCAACAGAAAGCGUUUGAGCUGGAAAAGCAUUCCCUGAGGGAAUUCUGUAAACCAAUGGUAGUGAACGACUUCGGUGAAACCAUUGGACCAGACCUGAUAGCAUUCGAUGUUGAACCGGAUGUUUUGGAUAUUCUACCUUUACUUGAACGCUUAGCCGAAGGAUUUGUGUUCAAAAGGAUAUGGAGAGAAACAUGUUCGAGUACAACGGAGCGUUGCAAGACUCCUCUUGAUGUUGUAAAUGUAGUAUGGGAUGCUGCGUUUGAAAGAUGGAAUGAAUUCCGCAAACAUCUGGAGACCGGAGAAUUGUCGUUUGCAGAUGCAGAAAAAAUGUUUAGGAAAUUCAAAACUGAGGAUGAAAAACUUCUGCAGGAAAUGCAGGAUUUGAAGAUAUCGAGACAAAAGGCUAUUAAACGGAUCAAACAAAUAAAGCAGAACAGGCAGUUGUCAGGUUGUGCGGAAGGGGCAAAAGUCAUUUUGAAAAUUCAGCAACAGUACUGUCUACAUGGAGAUUUCCAGGCCAUCAAGACUAUUGCUUCACAUUAUGAAGGGAACUUUAAACUUCGGGAUUUUGACGAUAAUUUGAUCGAAAUCAGCGAGAUUUUAAAGGAUAUCACAAAAAAAGAAUCCGAUUGCCUGGAUGCUUUCGUUAAAUGUGCAAAAUUGGUUAAAUGGCUCAAGGAAUCCAUGAGAAUAUCUGGUCAAACAGAAUUUAAGAUGUUUGUUGACCUUGCGAUGAUGUAUGCGGGUGAGGAACCAAUGUACAUUUACAUGGUUCAGUGCCUGCACUCAGCUGUUCUUGGAUAUUCACCGCUUAUAUUUGAAUUGGAUGAAAGAGAGUGUAACUACAGACGCCUUCUGGAAAUGUGUAAACUAGUCUGGAAGGAACUGGCGAAGAAUCGAAAUCUAACAAAACAGUUGUUGGAUUCAAACGGUAAUCUAGAAUGGCUGAAGGAUAUCAAGAAAGCGCACGUUUCGGUUGAGGUUACAUCUCUAAUGCAAACUGAGGCUAUCAACGCAUGGGGUAUUUACACCGUGGGGAGAGGAGCAUGUAAAGGUUCCGAGUUGUCUGAUAUGACAGUAAAAGAUACUAUAAAGCUAACGGUGCCUGCAAACGAUAGGCAAUCUCAACUGAAGAGCUACACAUUUGACCAGCUCCAGGAUUUAAAGAGCCAACUGAUCCUCGUUGCCGGAAAACCAGACUAUUCAACCGUCAAACCAACGAACAAAAAGAGUGAAGUGAAUGUAGACAGAUUCACAAUGAUCUUUGACAGCAUGACGCGUUUGUGCUCUGUUUACCUGAAACUGUGCUCAUCUGGAUGUGUGCUGUUCAACAACAUGAAUGCGAACUUCCACUGUUCCUUGGUACAAGAAAGACAAUUGUGUGCGAUACUGGAAUUCGGGAAAGGAAAAGAUGCUCCGAAAUUCGAAGGUCGGAAGUCUGAUACGGAAGGGCUGGAAGAUAUGGUUCCCAAGAUCGUUGACUUUAUGAAGAAAUGUUACGGUGAAUGGCUUGAUUUCAUAAAACAGAAGAGGAAGAUUUAUCUUUUCUUGAAUUACUUUACCAUCGAUCAGCUUGUAAUACUCCAACGAGAGCUCGUAAAAAUGGGGACAGACGAGGGACCAUCACUUAGAACUUACAACCUCCUGUCAGCCGUGAAAGAAAACUGCACGCUAGAAAACGUAGAACUGGCAAUGGAGAAAGCUAAAAGAGAACUACCUGUGCCAGAUGAUAAACCCAAAGAAGCCCCAGAUGCGCUAGAAAAUGAGGAAGAAAUUGGUGCAUUGGAAGAUGUGAAGAUGGCUAGAUUUGUCCGCGAGUUGGUGGAGGCCGGGUGUGAUGAAACAAUUGCUAGAAAAUCUGUGGAUCAUGUGAACCAGGAAGAUAUUGACUUGUGUGAUGUCACAGAUGCCAUGAUUUGGUGCUUGAACCAAACUGGGGAAGAGAAUGAAAACGGUGAGAUGAAUCAAUACGAUGUUGAGGACACAACAUAUGUCAAUCGUAGGUUUUCUGGGUUGAGUCAGACCAAAACAUCAAUCAGCUCACUGGUCAAACAAUCCGUCACCCGUGUUGGCCGCAAAGGGAAUGCAGGUGUGAAACCUUUGAUAAAUGAUCUCAAAGAAUUGUGGAACAACUUCCUUGGAUCAAUCUCAUCCAGUAUUAGUGAUUACAUAAGUCUGGAACAUUUGGGAGUCAUCCUAAACAUGCUUGCUGAGAAAGACAAGCGGAAUAUCAGAAGAAACAUAUCACCAGUAUACAUGGAAAAGGAGCCAAACCUCAUUCUUUGCCCACGUGGUGAAGUUCUUCGCGUAGCUCUGUCGAUCUUCAUGUACGAUCCUGACCAACACCUGCCGCAGUCCGAUGAAGUCCUCAUGUGUACCUCAGACACCACAGUGGAUGAGGUGAGCAUAUUUUUGCGGCGUGCAAUAUAUGACAGCUCCGAUAAAAUUCACUGUCUGCUCCACGCGGACCUGCUGGAUAUUGACGUAAGCGAGGCUGCCGAACAAUGUCUUGAUGAGUUGCUGUCGGAUAUUCGGCAGUCCAGUGAUAUCAAGUACCGCUUGUUUGUGAUAUGUGGAUCAGACAACAAAUAUCAUUCGACGAUUGUAUCGUCUUUGGAGAAGUAUGUGCGGCAUGUUGGCCCUGUCAAUGGGCGUCAAUUGAAAGAAUACGUGACUCGUCAUUUGGAGGCUCCGGCUUUUUCUGACAAACCAUGUGCAGCCAUGGUUGAUUUCAAAAGAUCAACAGUUCGUGUCAUAAAAUCAACACGAGUCGGAGUUGGUAAAACAUUGUUUGUGCAACGAAAAGAUAAGGCGGUGCAAGCUAUGAUUCAUCGUAAAUAUAAAUCGGUGGACACACAAAGAGUGUCAAUACCUCUGCAAGAAAAAGUGAUCAACUUGCAUAGCUUCAUUCAGUCUCUUCUAGAGCACACGCCGGACCCGCGAAAACUGUCGGCACGAAUAUUCCAUCUUAAUAUGAAUCAUGAGGUCCAGGAAGGUGUGGACUACGUGUUGUUCAACUUGCUGAUACUCAAUUGUUUGGUCGACAAGUCAGGAUACGUCUGGCGGCGAUCCGUGCAUGAUUUGUAUCUAAUAGAAGCAAUGCCGACUAUGUUUCAAGCAAUUGAUGCAAAUGAUAAAGAGACCUUUUUUGUACAUCAGGUGUUCACAUUUUUGCCGGAUUCGACCUGUCGCUCCCCUGUUGAAAGUCUUCAAAUAUAUUCUGACCGAAAUACUGUCCAAGAUUAUAUGCCAACGGAUCAACUAUUCGAUGAACAGCAGUUUCAGAGUCCUGUAUACCAGCGAACGUUCCAGUACCUGUUGGGAUGGGAUCAGCAGCAGACAUUUGACUCUAUUAUACCACUUGAGCCGAAGGGCGAUCCCAAAACCUGUUUGUUGGUUCUGCUCAGGUAUUGCGGCGUGCGGGACCCAUCCUGGUCGGAAUUACAUCACUUUGUCUGGUUCCUGAACACUCAGCUUGUUGACUUUGAACAGAACCAGUUUGUAUCUGUUGCUGCGGCCGAGGACCUUCCUGGAUUUGCAACAUUCGUUUUGAGGUUUCUUAUUCAGAUGUCUAGGGACUUUUCCACACGAUCAGUAAACAUGAGUGAGGAAUCCCUAGGGGUGAUUCCUCAAAGCGCCAUGAACACUUUGGAUGAAAAAGAGCUGGAGCUUUAUCAAAUGCGUCGAACAUGGGAGUCUAGUCCUCAUUCGUACUUGUUCUUUAAUUCGGACCGUUUAACGUUCACGUUCCUUGGGUUCAAUAUUGACCGCAAUACAGGCAACCUUGUAGACCAACAAACCGACCGGAUACUGGAGCAGAGAAUCAUGGAUCAGCCACUGUACGACUCCUUGGUACGAAACAAUGUACCUAUCAGGGAAGAUUUUGACGCAUUACCCAGGGACCAGAAAAUAUUGAUGCUGUGCAGAUUUAUGGGCAUAGUAAUUCCGCAUGACCCUGAUUCCACGUACGAACUCACUACGGAUAAUGUAAAAAAGAUCAUGGCAAUCUACAUGCGAUUCAGAUGUGACAUUCCUGUGAUAAUCAUGGGAGAGACAGGUUGCGGGAAAACACGGCUCGUCAAGUUUAUGUGUGCCCUACAGUCACCACCCGGUGUCCACGAGAAGAACUUAAUACUUAUGAAGGUACACGAAGGAACCACAAAUGAAGAUAUCAAACGGAGAGUGAACGAGGCAAAAUACACUGCGAGGGUGAACAAAACGUAUGACCGCCACAUAUACACAAUCUUGUUUUUCGACGAGGCUAACACAACGGAAGCUAUUCGACUUAUCCAGGAAAUCAUGUGUGACAAAUCCAUAGCAGGGAAGCCACUGAAUUUAUGUAAAAAAAUAAAAAUUGUAGCUGCCUGCAAUCCUUAUAGAAAACAUUCCGAUGAAUAUAUAAAAAGAUUGGAGCAAGCGGAACUUGGAUAUCAUGUUGAUGCCGAUGGGGCGAUUGACAGAUUGGGCCGCGUGCCUAUGAAGCGACUAGUGUAUCGUGUACAACCACUUCCACAAAGUUUAUUGCCCCUGGUCUGGGACUUUGGACAACUCAAUACUCAGGUCGAGGAACUGUACAUCAGGCAGAUGGUCCGGAGAUAUAUAAACGAUGACAGACUUCCAAACAUUCCAAACUUGAUCGAAGUUGUAACCGACAUUCUGACAGUGUCACAAGACUUUAUGAGGGCGCAAAGGGAUGAGUGCAGUUUUGUGUCUUUGCGGGACGUAGAAAGGGUAUUGACAGUAAUGGCGUGGUUCUUCUACCAGAUUAAGGACGGAGGCUGGCUUUCUGCGAAAAUUGACGGGAAGGUGGUCGGCUGUGAGGAUCAACGACAGGAUGACAGCGAGAAGGAGGAGGGUCUUACUGAUAUCACGAGAGCUCUCAUUCUUGCCCUUGGUGUGUGUUACCAUGCCUGCUUGAGCACGAAACAUGAGUAUAGACAGGUUAUUGCAGGGCAUUUCCACCAGCCGUGCAGCCUACAGGGUGGGGAAGCUCAGAUAUUGGAAGUAAUUGAAAGAUGCCAGGAGGUAUUCCUGGACAAUGUUUCUUUGGAUGAAAACAUCGCGAGAAAUACUGCACUGAAGGAGAACGUUUUCAUGAUGGUUGUCUGUAUCGAGCUCAGAAUACCGCUAUUUCUUAUCGGGAAACCUGGAAGUUCAAAGUCGCUGGCAAAAACAAUAGUCGCAGAUGCAAUGCAAGGGAAACAUUCUAAACAAGAGUUGUUUAGAUUAAUGAAGCAGGUUCAGAUGGUAUCGUUCCAAUGUAGCCCUCUGUCGACCCCGGGUGGCAUUGUGGAAACAUUCCGACAUUGCGCGCAGUUCCAGAAAGACAAGGAUCUGCAAACAUUUGUGUCAACAGUCGUGUUAGAUGAGGUGGGGCUGGCUAAGGAUAGCCCAAUAAUGCCGCUGAAGACGCUCCACUCACUUUUGGAAAAUGGCUGCCUUGGAGACGAAAAACAAGAACCAUUUAAGAAGGUUGCCUUUCUUGGAAUAUCUAACUGGGCAUUGGAUCCAGCGAAAAUGAACCGUGGAAUUAUCGUCCAGCGAGAGAUCCCAAACCUGGAGGAACUCCAGAACAGUGCUCGUGGUAUCUGCGGGGGUUCUGAAGACCUAGGACACUUGAUUGAAUAUUUGAUAGAGCCUUUGUCAAAAUCCUACCUUGAGGUGUUUGCACAGGCGACCCAAGAAAAUAGAGAGUUCUUCGGUUUAAGGGACUUUUAUAGCUUGGUUAAAAUGUUGUAUAACUUUGUGGAGAAAUCACACUUGCCACCAACAUGGUAUCAAAUACUGCAUGCUAUACUACGAAACUUUGGUGGAUGCGACCAAGUGAACCCAGAGAAUAUCUUCACAAAGCAUUUGGAAAGCGUGAUUUCAUGCAGUUCAAAGAGACGCAGAACACGGGACCCCGACUGUUCACCUGCUGGUCUUAUUCACGCCUGUCUCUUUGACACGCACACAACAAAAAGAGAUGGAAGAUACAUGCUUUUGCUGACUGAAAAUUUCGGAGCUCUCCCUGUCAUCCAGAAGCUCCUUCAAACUAAAGACAACGAGAUACGACCAAUCACAAUCUUUGGGAGCAGUUUCAGGAGUGAUCAGGGAUAUACACAGGUGUGUCGAAACAUCAACAAGAUCAAGGUAUGCAUGGAAACGGGGAAUACCGUCGUUCUGCUCAACCUAGACAACCUGUAUGAGAGUUUGUAUGAUGCCCUCAACCAGAACUACGUCUACUUUGGCGGUGAGAGAUACGUCGACCUUGGACUUGGAACUCACAGAGUAAAAUGUCCUGUUCAUAAAAAAUUCAGGUUGAUCUUGAUUGCUGAAAAACAAACAGUGUACAACAAAUUCCCGAUUCCGUUAAUAAACCGCGUGGAAAAGCAUUUUCUUACUGUGAAAACCAUUCUGAAUGACAAACAGCAACGGCUUGUAUCGGAUCUGGAAAAGUGGGCCAUCGACUUCGCAAGUGAAAAGUAUGACAAUAGUUUCACAGGACGAAAUACCAAGAGACAACUGAAAGUAGAAGACAUCUUCAUUGGCUACCACAGGGACACCUGCUCAGCAAUUAUACUGGAUGUUACACAGAAGUAUCAGAAUGCACAGGAUGGGGAGCUUUUAGAAGCCGGCAAAUUGUUGUUACUAUGGUGUGCCACGCCUGAGAGUGUUGAGCGGAGUAACAAAUUAGAUGAACGUCAACGACGGAGGUUUCAGAAAUUAUAUUACCAACGACAAGCACAUGAUAGCCUUAUUUCGUACCUGAAGUUGAGGAAAGAGAAAUGUAAACAGAUUUUUGCACAGGUAACAACUCAUAGCAAGUUACUGGCGUCAAGUCAUAAGCAAGAUAUCAGCUCGGAAAUUGGUAUAGAUGUUGGGAGAAUAUUCCUUCUGGAAACACUAUCAUCCAUUGACACAGAGCAACAGUUUACAAACAGAGUUCAGCAGCACUUGCAGACAGCCAAAACAGACGAGAGUUUGAUGUUGAUUCAAUGUGAUUCCGGUGAUGUUAAUGAAAAUCUGAUUGCUUGUGCCCGAUACUUUGUUAUUGAUGAAUACGAAAAGGCACGGGAACAUUUACGAGCUCCAGUACACGUAAUCUUCAUUGUACAGGUUCCCCGAAAGGCAGGUGGAUGCUUUACAGGAAUUCAGUUCGACCGUUGGCAUUCAGCCCACAUAGAUGAUUUAUACCCAGUUAAUACCGAGAUGCCAGUUAUCCAGGACCUGCAUGGGGAAAAUAUCAGUAGUAUUUUCCUUACCAUGGUCAAGAAACAUAGUUCACAUGAUGAAAUAGAGGGGAAACAAGUGGAAGAAAUGAACUGGACUGAAAACGGAACAAGGGGUACUCAACCGUGUGACCAAGAAAGAAGGACUGGUGGCAGGAGAAAAGCGACAGUGGAUGAAAUGGACAAUGCCGCUCAGUUAAACACUCAAGUGCCGGCAGUCGACAAAGAACAGCAAAGACAAGAUCUUUCAAAGGUUAAUGGGCUGAUCAUGCAGUGUGUUCAGUCGGCCCUGGCGAUAGUCAAAGACAAGGAGGGCUACACACAAAGAGAGACACACAGAGUUGACAUCGUAUUAAAGUGUUUGAGACAUGCCAAGAACCUGGAACAUGGGGCAGAUUCUUUUUUAACAGGGUUACAAAGAAUGAUUGGCCAGUUGUUUAAAGAGAAAGAGGAGAUAAUGGGAGAUAACAUUGCUAAGAUGUGGAUGAUACGCGACGCCGCAGUAGCCGAGAACAUCAGCAAGGCUGGCACAUUUAGGAGGUCAUGUCAUCAGACAAUUAUUUCUUGGGUGUCCCCAAUCUUGGCUGGUAUUAUUGCUUACCUGGAUACUAACAGAAAUCUUGACCUCGUACAAAGUGAUGUAGGGUGGAAACAGACAUUGUGGACGACGGUCCUUAAUACAGAAGGAGCAGUUCAACUGCGGUACUCAGAUUUCCAAUCUCCAAAAAGAUGCAGUGACCUUAGUGAGAUGCUUGUCGUGACGACCGGUUGUGAAGGUCACAUGUUCUCCGCCUGUCUGCCCUUCUCAUGGAUGAUAAUCAAGAUGAUUGCGGAUAUAUUGCGUCACAUUUUACCCUCUGAUGAAGAAUAUGAGGAUCAACAAAGCAGAGAAGUGGGCGAGCAAAGAAGGAAAGUAGCGUCAUGUGCAAAGAUCGUUGCUGCAAGUCCAAUAGGGAAGAUUCUGAAUCAACUGGUGGAAGGAAUCCAGGGAGCUAGUGUAGAACAAACGCACGCCUUCGUUUUUGAAAUCGUACAAGAAUACGUACAGGACUUUGUGCAUAUGAUGUAUUAUCCUGGAUGUGAAGAUGAAUUCAAAAUUGUGUGUCAGACAGUGCAUUACAAGACAAUGGACAUAUGUGAGGUUACAAAUUCUAUGGGAUGCCUUAUUGAAACUCUGACUUGUGUACACAUUGCAUACGAGAGUCUGGCACUGAGGCAUGCCUACUUUAGAAGCAUGAACGAAGUAUGGCCACAGUGUAGCUCGGCCAUACUUGAGGUCAAGAAAACCAAUCCGGAUCAUUUCAUGUUCAAGGAACGAGAGUUCACGUUUUCUGCACUUUGCUUGUUGAUUGAGAAUUUAAAUCCAAAACUUCAAGAUUUAAAUGAAGAAGUACAGAGAGAAAAAUGGCUUCUCAAAGUCUAUUUGUAUAGAUCUGUGGUCGAGAAAGUGCUAAAUAUGCAUUCAGAAAACCCAGCUCUACAUGGAAUUGACAGUGCACAAUCCGUACGGAGAGCCAAAUCAACUUGGAGUCGUGUGAUCGUUAUGAAACUGUUCAUUGAGCAUGUGUGCAUAAAGAAUGCAAGAGAAUCUGUCACAAUCAAAUACUGCAUGCCACUUUGGAAAAUAUUAAGUGAAGACGUCAAUAUGAAAGAACAAAAAUCAUUUCAAGGUGUGGAGAAGUUCUUGAAAAUGUGCAACCAAAAUGCUCUGAAGUUAUUCUAUGGAGCGGAGAUUACUUGCUGUUAUUGUGAAAGAAAGCUACAGGGUGUACCGGUUACUUUACCUUGCAUGAAGAGAGAUGUACUCUGUGACCCCUGCCUUCGAGAAAUAAGCGCUCUGGACCAGAAUGAAUGCCCAAAAUGUCAAGAAAACCUAGGGCUACAAUGGCAACCAAUGCACAUGGAAGAAGAGAGCGAAGAAAGAGAGCAGUUCAUUCAAUACCAGAAGAUGUGUAAUGCCUUCUUCAAGGACGUUGUCGCUCAACUUUGCUUCUCCGACGGACAACCACCAUCAAGGAAUGUGUUAGAGAAGUUGCUAGGAUACGUCACCUGCUCGGCAAAUGAAAGCAACCUGCAAUUUACAAAGAACCUGACUGUUUUUGAGACUGGACUGGACCCAAACCCAGUAUUCAGAUCAUUCCUUGUACAGUUGAUGCUAAAAACCAGUGAAAAGGAGUUUGUGAAGGAAAGUCUGAGAGGAUACAUCGAGCAGGCUCAUGAAUUCAUCAGAAAGGAACCAGCUCAAGAACACAACCUAGUGGAUCUGAGUCUGCUAAUCAUUCAGUGUUUUGAGAAUACUCUGCUCCUACAAUGGCACACACAACAUUUGCAUUGUUGGUCUUAUAUAAGCGACCUCUUGGAAACUGCUAGAGAUGGUCUAGUCAAUAAGAAAUUAACAACAGAUCAACUGUAUUGUAUCGCAAGAGCACGUGUUGGACUUUCACAAGCUGCAAGUUUGAUUGCCGACAUGAUAAAUACAGGGACUGAGCUUUCCACUGAACAGCGAAAUGUUAUCAACUCUGCAAGACGAGUUUGCACAAUCUCUCAUUUGAAAUGGCCGAGGAUAUUCCUUGUGAAGCAUCUGUGCCGCUGCUACGGUAUUAAUGUUUACCAGUCCAUAUGUCGACAUCGUACCACGCUGCUCAAGUGGAUCGUGAUUGAAGAGUUAGAAAGAGAUCAGACUCAGGAUGUAUCCGACCGGUACGUUGUUUGUGGAGAUGGCUAUAUUAAAAUCAGGGAGGCACUGUCACAAGUUAUUCUUGGAAAGAACAUCAGCACUCUGAAAAAUAAAAUACAGGAGCUGCGCGCAACAGGAUGGCAUACCGAUAUAUGUCUGCAGCUAGCUGUACAUAGAGUGAUAACAUGCUCAUAUGUCCAUUCAUUGGAGAGUAGAACGGCCACACCAAAGUCGCUCAAAAAUAUAGCGUCGUUUCUUGACACAACAGAAAAUCAACGAAAUAAGCUGUUGCGAAUCAUGAUGAAUAAUACACUGGAACCCCAACAAUUGGUGACAGUUCAUGGCUCCGAUACAAUAUCACAAGGCAUUCAAUGCUUGGUCGUACAUUUUAUGACGGUGUUGCCACAGCUGAAUGGGGACAAAACCCUUCUCCAUCUGUUUCUUGCAAUGAUUCAAGGGGACCAGGCUAUACGGGGUAUGUUUUUGCCGACGAUGCCAGAAUAUAACUUUGCUGAAGUCGAGGAAGCUAUGCUUGGCAGUCGUGGUCCAAACAUCUAUGGCUGUCCAAAUCGACACCAAUAUGUGAUUGGAAAUUGCGGGAGACCCGAUGUAGUUGGGACGUUUACAACUUCGGGUGCGGAUUUCGGCGGUCACAGUUACCAUGCUAUGCCGGGAAAUAUUGUGUACACUGGUGGAGACAAUAAACUAAGCGGUCACAUUUUGGGCCGGGCGGUGCCCAAUGCGCCUCUUCGACCAGAGAGGGAGAUGUCAGCUCUUCACUGCUGUGUUAUUAGAUUACUCCUACACAUGUCCAUGUUCCUUGGGCCUUCAGAACAGAUUGUUCCAAUUGUCCAUCCCGACAUUGAGAAAGACAAUAUCCGGCAGUUUUUCUGGGAGCACAUUGGAAUAAACAUUGGUGACAUACAGAGAUAUCUUGGCAGGAGUGUUGAUGACGUCUUACUGCUCAUGCAUAAUGUCAUCCAGAAUAUCAUGGUCAAACAUGCCAUAGGAUUUACUGUUGAUGUAGACAUAUCUCUUCUCCGAACCAUACAAGGGAAACAAGCAUGGGAAAAACAGUUUGCUACGGUUUUCUUGCAGGAUGUGUUUCAGAGACUUGAUCACCACCUGGAGCAUUUCAACCAAGUUAUUGCUACCGAUCAGCGACUAGGUUCAAAUCCCCUAAUGAGCAUUCUAUAUGAGACGGAUACACAGCAACAGGCCGAGGAUCCCCAGCGGCCGGAGGAAAUUCCGCGUGUAUGGAGCUACAGAACGCCUAUAUCCAUAGAGCAUAUGAGACAAGACCUUGAAACCGCGGGGAAAGACACACUUUCAGUGCUGAGAAUGUUCUUGAAACAGGACCACAUUUUACAGGCCAUGCAAUUCAUUCCAAGCAUUCUUAGUCUACAGAGAAUAUUGCUGCGGAAAUUCCAAAAGAAACUAGAUAAAGGUGAAGCGAACGCAAUCUUAGUGAAAGACAUGAUAAAAGAGCAACUUGCUGGCCCAGAUACUGAGAAAUUGUUGCAAGACUUUGGUCAUGCUUGGAAUAUAACUCGCAGGCUGCUUGAAUCCUAUGUAUGCACAACACAAUUUGAAAGCAUUGUUGUUCCAAAGAAUCAGUGUGAUGCACCAGUUUCCAUGGAAACGCCUUUGUCAGUUUUUCUUCCCACAACCACCGGAAGUGGACUUGGCUCAUAUGCAAUGCUGGAUUUGUUGUUCAGAAAACAAAACGAAUUUUUGGAUAGCUAUAUGAAGGAAUCUGAUAGAAGAAGUACUUCCAUCCAGACAGUGACCCCACGAGAGAUAACGUCUGCACAUCUGAUCAGCUACAAUCACGAGCAAGAUAUUCUACCCCUCCUGCUGGCAAGCUGCCAGUACACGUUUGAGAUGGGUCAGGGUAUAAAGAAAGAGUACGACUUUGUUGGGCUCGAACGGCAGAUCAUCGAUAGGUUUCUCUUCUCAAAAUCCAGAAUUGACAUGGGACAUUACUUAAAGAUUGACCAAAUGGUAUAUCGGACAAAGUUCACAAAUGGUGCAGUAUUCGAACAGUUGGAUGAAAAAAUUCAACAGCAAACACUUGGACCAGCUGUAAAGAUACAGAUAUGCGACGAGAUAAAGAGUCUACCAGACGUGUGUCUAUUUCUUGACACCCUCGACAUAGCCAUCGGUUUCCUCAAAACUACAGGCGGAAAACAGUCUGAAAAUCUGAAUGCCUUCAUUGUGGAGACAUUACAGAUUGAGCAGGCAAUGACAAGUCGGAAGGCUCGACAGUCAUGUGAGUUCCAGCAUGCCAAGUCUCUGUGGUUACUAUUGUCACAUUUGAAGUCCAAGUUUAUGGUCGACAAUUUACAUUCAAAACAGGAAGUGUUUGAGACUCUGAUGGAGCCGUACCAUGAAGAAUUGUCCGAAGAGCUAGAGGAAUCACUCGGUUGCUACAUGAAAGACCUGAGUGUUGAUAAUCUAUCGGGCAUUCUGGAAUUAUUGCAUGAAUUUAUGCUCUUACGGAUUUCCAGACAGGAAGAAACCAAUGAUGAGGAUUACAUUGACACUACUGAGAACAGGCUUGGUGAAGAGCUUCUAGCCUUUGUAGAAUUAAUGGAAACUCCAUGCCUAGACACGGCAGUUUUAGUGGAAUUUCCACAGGAAAUCCGAUUUAAACAUAGCGUGUGUACGUGGAUUAUGGGAUAUACGACGCUUCGAAAGAAAAUUGGACGAAAUCGACGUUGAUAAAUAUAGUGAGAACAAGUUGCGUAUAGAACAUUACCGAUCAAAGACAAAUGUGUGUGUGUGCCUUAUAUGACGCUAGUGAUUAAAUGAAAACCCCAGUUAGAGGCAUAAACUUUUAAAAAUGUUUAAUAUUCAUUGUUUUCAGUUAUCCAGAUAGUUAAGUAUAAUGUGCAUGCCAUAAAAUUGACUGUUGAAUGAAUUGAGUGUCUAUUAGCUUAUAAUUAUGAUAUCAUCUGGGGUUUUUUGUCUCAUUGAACUUCGUUGCUAACUUAAAGCAUAACGUUGAGUCUUGUGUUAAAGAGAAGUAUUGGCGUUCUAUUUUCGUUCCUAUUUUAUAUAAAAACGAGAAUCCAUAGAUUUGAAUUUGGAAGAUACUUUUGUAAAUAGUGUAUAGGUUUACUUACGAGUAUUUCUUGUAUGAAGUAUGUUUUAUGUUAGUUGUUGUUUUGCUGUAUAUAAAUACCUGUAUAUUUGUAUGAAAGUUGAACAUGGAUGUUUUUAUUCCACAAGCCAUAACGAUAUGCUUUAUAUGAAUGUACAUUCCUUUAUUUCUUGAUCAAAAGUAUGUUUCUUUUCAUUGUUUCAUGGCAAAUAUUUUUGAUACUGUUUUCUGUAUGUUUCUUUUUGUUGCUGCCCAUUUUGUAUAAUUUCCCUGAAUAGCGGUCAUUUGCGGUCAGUUGAUAACCUGGUUUUACUGUUGUCAUUUUGCUUAAUGGUUACUCUAUAGAUGAAAUAUAUAUUAAAUGUGCUGUUUUUUUUAUGAACUUUGCAUUAAAGCAGUGUUGACUUUUUUAAAUUUCAUAUGUAUGUUCGAUUUCUUGAUAUUUAUAUUAUUAAAAUUGGUUUAUAAAUAAUUCUGUUUUGUGUUAUGUGAAAUUGUAAUGAUUCCCCAGUGUUGUGUAAAAUUGUGUAUUUUUUAAAAUAUGUAGAAAAACGAAAAUGUAUGCAAACCUGCUUGUCAUAUGAUAAAUAGUGGGAGAAGCCGUUAGGUUGCAGGUAAAAAUCAGACUGUGAUUUGUAUUUGUUUGACUUUCGCACUAUAAUAUUCUGCAAGUCCUAAUAAAAGUGGUAUGCAUUUAUGUGUGUGUAUGUUUACUUGAUAUGUUUUCUAAUAUGUUACUUGCAUAUCGUUAUUGUUCACUUUUACACUGUUGCCAAUGUAUGUUUUUAGCUCACAUGAACAUGUGCUGAUUUGCUGUGUUGGUCCGAUUUUCAAAAAAAAUACAGAAAUAUUUCUUAGAUGACCCUGAAUCAAAUUUCUUCACUCCGUGUUCAUUCGUAAAAACAAACAUGGCCACCAGGAGCCGGGGCUAUUUUUUAAAUAUAUGUUUAUAAGAAAAUCUUCUACUUUGAAUCCGCUGGACUGAUUUAACAAUAAUUUCACAGGAAUGUUCUUUAGGUGACCUUCUAUCAAAUGCCUUCACCCCUGUGGCUGCCUGGGACGGGUCUACCUUUUACUAUAUAAAUAUAUCGAAAAAUUUGAAAUUCUUCUCUUAAGAAAUUGUUGGACCGAUUUCGAAAUAAAUUCACAGAAAUUAUUCUAAGAAGGCCAUAAUCCAUUUACCCGAUUGUGAUUCAUUAAAACUCCAAGUGAGGGGCUAGUUCUCACUGUAUCUCGAUAUUGCAAACAUUAAAAACCUGCUCUUCAGAAACCAUUCAUUCAAUUUUAAAAUAUGUUCACACAUGUUCCUUAUGUCAUCCUUUUAUCAUAAUGUUUGUAAAUGCCCAAUCAAUACGUUUAGAACCAUUUGUCAAAUCAGGUGAGCGAUAUAGGCCCAUCUUGGCCCGCUUGUAUUCAUAUAUAAUACUAUAUUAAUUAUAUAUUAUGUUAAUCUAUUUAAUGAUGUAUGUUAACAUUGAACGUAUAUUUGUUAAAAGUAUUUUUUGGUUGUAUAAUCUUUAAUUUUUAAAUGCAUAAUCGCAUGUUUUAAUUACACAUUGUGUUUACGUACCAAGGGAUUACCCAGUGUUUUGCAUUGGACGGAUGCCCUUUAACAAUAUAUAACACUUUAAACAUAUAUUAAAUAAUUUUAGAUAUGGAAUGAUUACUUCGUUUAUUUAAAUGCUGCUUAUUAAGGGUAACGAUUUGACUAAAUGUGUUUAACAGUUCAAAUAAUAAUAUGAACUGUAUUCUGUCAUAUGACUGGACACACAUUAAUUGUUGAUCUUAAGUACUAACAUAUCAUGAUGCCUUAUUUUUGAGCAGGAUAUAUUAUUGUUUACUUAAAUGAUCAUAAACGCAGAUGCCUUAAUUUUAAGCAGGUUUGAUUUCCAUUUGCAACAAAAAUUCCAUUCGUGUAUGUGAAAUUCAUCAAUUACAUAUGGUUUGUGAUCAUGCUUAUAUAUAUAAUAUUGCUUGACUAUUUAUUAUGCUAUCUCAACUCAGUGUUAUUUUCUUUAUUUGUUAAUACUUGCGCGUAUGUUUAUUGAAUGCAAACAUAAGUUUGUGUGUUUGUUUGUUUGUUUUUUGUAUUUUAGGCAAAAUCUGUGAACGAAUGUUGAAUGCUUGUUUCGUGUGUGAAUAAAUCAUAUACAUUUA